AUGGACACAAAGACCACCCUUCAAAUUACUCUCCAAGAACAGGUCGAAGUUUUGGAGAAGGGCUUUGAUUUACCAUUGCCCGAGACUCCUUCCCAUCGAGUCGAUGGCGGCGCCAGGGCUUGGUGCACACUUCUCGGAGGCGUGUUAAUGGCAACAGUGACGUUUGGAUACGUCAACGCGUUUGGUGUGUACCAAGACAUAUACACCAGGUCGCAGGCAGCGACCGCGUCUAACGUCAGUUGGAUCGGAUCGACUCAAUUGUUCUUUCUGUUCGCCAUGGGCCUUCCCGCGGGCAAGCUCUUGGGCAUGGGUUAUCUCCGUCAGACAAAUUUGGUCGGAUCCCUAAUCUAUGUCUUUUCGCUAUUCAUGGUCUCGCUCGCCCAUACAGAUACAUACUACCAGGUGUACCUCUCUCAGGGUGUCGGUCUCGGAGUUGGUGCCGGUCUUUUGUAUGUCCCUGCUGUGGCCGUCCAAGCCCACCACUGGAAAAGGCGUCGGGCUUUCGCUAUGGGCGUGGUCGUCACAGGAUCAUCUCUUGGAGGCAUCAUUUUCCCGAUCAUGUUGAAUCGACUGUUUCAGAGCUCGGUCGGCUUCGAAUGGGGGGUCCGGGCGAGCGCUUUCGUCGUCUUAGGAUUGUUGAUCAUGGCAAAUCUCCUGAUGAGCGACAACCCCUCUGUCAAAGGGGGCGGCGAAAAGCCAGUGCUGAAGAACAUCCUGACUGAUAUCCCAUUCAUGCUGUCGUCGUUUGGUGUUUUUGUGAUUACUUGGGGGAUUUUCUUUCCAUAUUUCUACGUGCAACUCUUUGCGGUACUACAUGGCGUGGAUCCUAGCAUUGCGUUCUAUUCUCUCGCCAUCAUGAACGCCGCCGGCCUUCCAGGACGAGUUCUUCCAGGAAUACUCGCAGAUCGCUUUGGGCCAUUCAACAUCAUCGCGCCCGUGCUGCUCGUCAAUGCCGCCCUCAUCUUCGCCUUAUUCGGAGUCAGCGCUGAGGGAGGCAUCGUUGCGUUUGUCGUAUUCUACGGCGCGUUCUCCGGGGCAUUCAUGACGCUCUGGGCUCCAUGUGCCGCCGCUCUCGCAGUUCACCCUAACGAAGUAGGAAUCCGUUUCGGCGUUGGGUACUUCAUGUCGGCCUUUGGAACUCUCAUUGGCGCCCCGAUCGACGGUGCAUUGUUGGGGAAAUCCUUCCUUUGGUCUAAGCCUAUCAUAUUUAGCGGGGCAAGUAUUUUCCAAAACUAUGAGGCUUUCGUUAGACUGAAUGUCGCUCAUUAA